AUGGCUCUAAUCUUCACUUGCCGCCCAGGGCUGCGCGGAUAUUCUUCACAAACAGAUGAUGAAUGCCAUAUAACACCAGGGAUUCCUGUGAUGGAAGACAUGGUCGAUCCGUCAUUCCCGACAAGCCAGAAGCAUCAUGAAAUGGAAUCCGUGGUUGAACCAGCACAUGGAGGGCAAACAGGUGAAAAAAGCACGUCGGUAGUCGACCAAGAGUCGGAUGAGGACCCCGAGGACUAUCAAGAUCCCCAAGCUAACAUAGAGGAAGAAUCUGACAGUGAUGCUAAGGCUACAGAACCACCUCCUGAAAAAAUCGAUAUGUCCUGCUUUUCGGGCAUCCUUCACCGUGACCCGGAAGAACAAAGCCGCAGCUGCUGGACAGUACCAGACAGCGCGCUCUUCAAAGUCCGUAGCAAGAACUUCCCUACCGAUAAAUCAAAGAUACCUGCACCAAGUUAUCUCAUGGAGCUUGCGGCGAUUGACUGGUUUAAGGAUACCAAGCGCAUGGAUAAUGUUGGCAGGCAGAAAGGUUGCGUUGCUCAGGUUGCUGCCGACAAAGGGAUGCACACGUUUGUUGUCAACAUACAGAUUCCUGGACCAAUUCAUUACAGCCUAGUGAUGUACUUCGUCACAAAUACCUUGGAAGAAGGAUCGUUGCUGCAACGCUUCUUCGAUGGAGAUGAUGAAUUCCGCAAUAGCAGACUGAAGCUUAUGCCGGGAGUUCCAAAGGGCUCUUGGAUAGUGCGGCAGAGUGUCGGAAGUUCCUCUUGUAUAUUGGGGAAGGCCGUCGAUUGUAGUUACGUGCGUGGUCCAGGUUACUUGGAAGUGGAUGUUGACAUCGGUUCUUCUGCGGUGGCAAAUGGAGUUUUGGGCCUGGUGUUUGGUGUUGUCACAACAUUAGUAGUUGACAUGGCUUUCCUAAUACAGGCGAACACGUACGACGAGCUUCCGGAGCAGGUGAUUGGAGCAGCUCGGCUGGCCCACGUCGAACCGGCAGCAGCAAUAGUUCCUGACCUCGACAAUAACAGUGAUAGUAAAGAUAGCAGCAAUGACGACAACAACAAUAACACUUCCUCAGAGGACGACUCGUCCAAGAAAACCAACUGA